UCACAUUUCUCUUUACCUCUUUCUCCUCCAAACCCUAGUUUCCUGUUUUUCGUAUCUUCGUCUCGAUUGUUAGGGUUUGAUCGAUUUUUCUGCUUGUAACAAUGGACGAUGGUUCGGCGGAAGGAGACAAGAAGAAACCCCCCGAAGGGGGUGAGCCAAGGUCGAAGCGCAAAAUGAAGACUGCAUCCCAGUUGGAGCUUCUAGAGAAGACUUACGCUGUGGAGACGUAUCCGUCGGAGGCUAUGCGAGCUGAGUUAUCGGUAAAGCUGGGCUUGACGGAUCGGCAAUUGCAGAUGUGGUUUUGUCACCGGAGGUUGAAGGAUAGGAAGCCUCCGCCGGCGAAGCGGCAAAGGAAGGAUGGUCCUGUGGUGGCGGGAGACGAAAUGAUGACUGUUGAACCGGGGAAUGAGCCUGGGUCUGGAUCCGGGUCUGGGUCGAGUCCGUUUGGACAGACUGAGGUUCGCAAGUUUGUUGUUGCCCGAGCACCACCUUCUCCUCCUCCUCGUCCCAAGCCCAAGGUGACUGCUGCUGAGAUACCAAUGAUGAAGAGGUAUUAUGAGCAUCCCCAGUCGAUAAUGGAGUUAAGAGCUAUUGCUGGUGUGGAGGCACAGUUGGGAGAACCGUUGAGGGAAGAUGGCCCAAUUCUUGGAAUGGAGUUUGAUCCCUUGCCACCUGAUGCAUUUGGUGCGCCUCUUGUGAUGAUUGGUCAGCAGAAGCAAGCGGCACGGCUUUAUGAUAGCAAAUUAUAUGAACGACAUGAUGCUAAGUCAAUCAAAAUAUCAUCACUCCUUCCCAAUAUAGAACAUUGUUUCGUACCUGGUUCAUCUAGUGGGAAAAGGAAGCUGACAGCUGGACAUGUCCAUGUGGUUCAUCCUCAGGCGGCUGCUGCAAGGACUCUCCAGGAAUAUCAAUUCCUUCCUGAGCAGCCUAGUGUUAGAUCUGAUUCGUAUGAUAGAGUAACUUCAUCUCAUUUUUACGAUUCACCUGAUGGUCCUAGUGCCAGGGCUUCAUCAUUUCCUGCUGCAGGGCCAUUUUCACAUGGAAAUGAACAGGUUUCAACAGGUUUCGGUUUCGAAGGUCAGGUGUCAGGUGUUACCCUUUUAGCUCAACAAGGAAGGCAGGGGCACAUGUAUCCUUCAACUUCAGGAGAUUAUGAUGGUGUUCCACAUACAAACUCCUUUGCUAGCAUUGGGAUGGAUUCUCAGUUUGGUGCUCACCCAAUGGUUGGACUAGAAAACUCAUUUGUAUCAUCUGACAGGCGUGUUUCCCAUGAUGAUGAUGUUUCUCGAAUGGAAAGAAAACGCAAGAGUGAAGAGGCAAGAAUUGCUAGAGAAGUUGAAGCCCAUGAGAAACGGAUACGGAAAGAACUGGAGAAACAAGAUGUGUUGAGGCGGAAGAGGGAAGAACAAAUGAGGAAAGAAAUGGAGAGGCAUGACCGUGAAAGACGGAAGGAAGAAGAGAGGCUAAUGCGUGAAAAGCAGAAAGAGGAGGAGAGAUUCCUCCGGGAGCAAAGGCGUGAAAAUGAGCGAAGGGAGAAGUUUUUGCAGAAAGAAACUUUGAGAGUUGAGAAGAUGAGGCAGAAAGAGGAACUUCGUAGAGAAAAGGAGGCUGCAAAACUUAAAGCUGCUAAUGAACGAGCUACUGCUCGCAGAAUUGCUAAAGAAUCCAUGGAACUUAUUGAGGAUGAACGCUUGGAACUUAUGGAGCUAGCUGCUUCAACCGAGGGGUUGCCCUCAAUCAUUUCUCUUGACAGUGAUACAUUACAAAACCUGGAUUCAUUCAUAGAUAUGUUGAGUACAUUUCCUCCCAAGUCUGUGCCAUUAAAAAGACCUUUUGCCAUCCAACCUUGGACUGAUUCGGACAAAAACGUAGGGAAUCUUCUCAUGGUUUGGAAGUUUUUAAUCACUUUUGCUGAUGUUCUAGAGCUUUGGCCUUUUACUCUUGAUGAGUUUGUUCAAGCUUUUCAUGAUUACGAUCCAAGGUUGUUAGGGGAGAUACAUGUUGCUCUUCUAAGAUGCAUAAUAAAAGAUAUUGAAGAUGUUGCUAGGACGCCCUCUAUUGGAUUAGGAGCAAAUCAAAAUAGUGGUGCUAAUCUUGGAGGUGGGCAUCCACAUGUUGUUGAAGGGGCAUACGCAUGGGGCUUUGAUAUACGCAGCUGGCAGCGCCACUUGAAUCCAUUGACAUGGCCUGAAAUACUCCGUCAGUUUGCAUUGUCUGCUGGAUUCGGACCGCAACUGAAGAAAAGUAUAGGGAGGGUAUUAUAUCGAGACGACAAUGAGGGUCAUGAUGGUGAAGAUAUAGUUUCUAACUUACGUAAUGGUGUGGCUGCUGAAAAUGCAGCUGCUAUAAUGCAAGAAAAGGGUUUCUCUCAUCCACGUAGAUCCAGGCAUCGGUUGACACCAGGAACGGUUAAGUUUGCAGCAUUUCAUGUUCUUUCUCUUGAGGGAAGCAGGGGCCUCACAAUAUUAGAAGUUGCAGAUAAGAUUCAGAAAUCCGGACUUCGUGACCUUACAACAAGCAAGACACCGGAGGCAUCAAUUGCUGCUGCGUUAUCGAGGGAUACAAAUCUUUUUGAGAGAACAGCUCCUUCUACUUAUUGUGUACGGGCUCCUUUUAGGAAGGACCCUGCUGAUGCAGUGGCUAUACUAUCUGCUGCCCGCGAAAAAAUACAGAUAUUUUUAAGUGGGUAUUCAGAUUUUGAAGAUGCUGAAAAGGAUGGAGAGGACGCUGAUGAAGCUGAAAGAGAUGAAGAUUCCGAAUGUGAUGUUGCUGAGGAUCCUGAAGUGGAUGAUGUAGGAAUUUCAUCAAGUCUAAAUAAAGGUCUGCAUUUAAAUGAUGCAAAAGCUACUAAAGCAAUUUCUUCCCCUGAAAAUGAAAAAGAGACUCUUGGCAACGAGGUUGGAGAAACUCCACAAAGUGGCUUUACGAAUUCUGGGAAAGGUUUCUCUUCAUUUCUUCCAGAAAAAUCCAAGGAAAUGAAUUUUUCAGGUGCUGCCAUUGAUCAGUCAAUCAUUGUCACUGGAACCUGUAAUGAGGCAGUUAAUCUUAAUCAAGAAGAGACAGAGAUUGAUGAAAGCAAUUCUGGUGAAUCAUGGGUUGGAGGACUGACGGAAGGGGAUUACUCUGAUCUCAGAGUUGAUGAGCGCCUGAAUGCAGUUGUUUCCCUAAUUGGUUUGGCUAUUGAAGGAAAUUCAAUUCGUGUUGUUCUUGAGGAACGCUUGGAAGCAGCAAAUGCUCUUAAGAAGCAGAUGUGGGCAGAGCUACAACUUGAUAAAAAGCGCAUGAAAGAAGAAUGCAUGACAAAAUUACAGAAUUCGUCUUAUACGGGGAUCAAGGCUGAACCAAAUGCCACUAGUUCGGCUGCAGAGGGAAGCCAAAGCCCAUUGCCUGGAGUUGAGAACAAGAAUAGUGAGGCUUCUCCGAACCCUGCACUCAAGUCAGAACCAUUUCUUGAUCUACAAAAUGGUCAGAACUAUCUUAACAAUGUUCCUAGUGAAAGGACCAUGGUAGUGCAAGAGUUCUCUGUGGGCCCUGAUAAUCUCCCUCAUCAACAAUAUGGCUAUGCCACAGAAAAGUCACGCUCCCAGUUAAAAGCCUCUAUUGGUCAUAAAGCAGAGGAGAUGUAUGUAUACAGGUCUUUGCCUCUUGGUCAAGAUCGCAGGCGUAACCGUUACUGGCUGUUUGUUACAUCUGCAUCUAGAAAUGAUCCCGGUUCUGGCAGGAUAUUCUUUGAAUCACAUGAUGGCUGCUGGAGGCUUAUUGAUUCAGAAGCGGCAUAUGAUGCUCUUUUGGUAUCUUUGGAUACACGUGGGUUUAGGGAAUCCCAUCUGCAUUCUAUGUUGCAAAAGAUUGAGACAUCCUUUAGGGAAACUGUUAGAAAGAACCUGUGUAGGACCAGCAACCCAAGGAGAAUUACUCUUAAAACAGAAUCUGAUGAAACGGCUUCCAGUCAAGAUUGUACAGCGGAUGGGACUGAUAGCUCUAGCAGUAUGGUGUGCGGAUCUACUGCUGAUACAUUGGAGCAGGCAUCAUCUUUUAAAAUUGAGCUUGGGAGGAGUGAAGCUGAGAAAGCUAAUGCCUAUAAGAGAUAUCUAGAUUUCGAGAAGUGGACGUGGAAGGAAUGCUUUAAUUCCUAUGUAUUAUGUGCUAUGAAAUAUGGGAAGAAAAGAUGCUCAGAGCUGCUUGGCAUUUGUGAUGUCUGCCAUGAUACUUACUCUUCUGAAGACAACCACUGUUCUUGUUGUCAUGCUACUUUCAGAACCCGUGAUGACUACAGUUUUUCUGAACAUGUGGUUCAAUGUGAAGAGAAACAGAAAGUGGACCGUAAGUGGACUUUCCAUGGUUCUGAUGCUUGUCGUCCCUUGAGAUUCAGAUUGCUCAAGGCAAUGCUUGUAGUGAUUGAGGUUUCUAUUCCAUCUGAAGCUCUUCAACCUUUCUGGACUGACACAUAUCGAAAAUCUUGGGGUGUGAAGUUGCAGACUUCAUCAUCAGCAGAGGAACUUCUACAGAUACUGACUUUGUUGGAGAGGGCCAUUAAACGGGACUGCCUCUCAUCAAAUUUUGAGACAACCAACGAAUUAAUAGCUUCGUCCACAUCUGCAGAGUGUGCUAUGGAUGAUUUCUUACCAGUUCAUGGGUCAGUUGCGGUACUUCCAUGGUUACCAGAAACAACUGCUGCUGUGGCAUUAAGGCUUAUGGAUAUUGAUUCAUCCAUAUCUUACAUAAUGAACCAGAAAUCAGAGUUUCAGAAAGACAGAGAAGCUGGAGAAUUCAUUAAUCUACGAUCAAGAUUGUAA